AUGGUGCUGUACAUGCGGGAUAUUAUACAAAUUAUAUUUGUGAUUGUAUCUCAAUAUUACUAUGGAAGUGAUGGCAUCGUUAUAGAUACCUUUGUUGGAUUCAACGUCCCUGGAGGGACACAAAUCUUUUCUGCUACCACAUCCACAGAAUGCAUUCAGUUCUGCGAGGAUCAAUCCGACUGUAUGGCCGUAGACUUCGAUACAGGAAAUCAAGGAUGUUUCUCCCAUGGAGUUGACAAUGUAGAAUUCCUAUGCAGUAGUGAUGCUUUGCAGACUCUCUCAUCAAGUACUCACUACAGACUGGUGAACUGCUCUCUACCUGUUCUCGAACAAUACAGUGAUGUGAAUGUUUUCGGAGGUGUCAUUGUACCGGGUGUCACUACAGUGAGGGACUGCCUUAAUUCCUGCAAUGCGUCCUGCUCAGCUGUUGACUUUAAUUUCCUAUCAAACCUGUGUUAUUCACAUGAUACAACGACAACUUGUAACUCUUUCAACUUUGUCAAUAACAUAACACAUUACAAAAAGCAAAGGUGUUCAGGAGGCGUGGCCCAGGUGGAUUGUGGUAGCCUCCCUGCUCCAGCUAAUGGAACUGUGACUGGUGGUGCAACUACAGUGGGUUUAGGCCAAUAUUUCAGCUGUAAUACGGGAUUCACUAUAAGCGGUAGCACCGUUAGAUUCUGUCAACUGAAUGGAACCUAUGAUGGCACAGCUCCUACAUGUACAAUUGUGGAUUGUGGUUCGCUUGACACUCCUACAAACGGCACACUGAACAUAACAGGGACUGUUUACAAUUCAGUAGCGGACUUCACGUGUGAUACUGGGUUCACUUUGUUUGGCAGUCCUACAAGAAUAUGCUUAUCUCUUGGAGUAUGGAGUGGACGACAGCCUGAAUGUUUUUUGAACUACUGUCCAAGUCUACCAGAGAUUGCCAAUGGUAUUAAGAGUGGAAAUGGCACAGCAUACAACACUGUUGUAAACUACACGUGUGAUACAGGAUACACACUCGUUGGUAGCAGUAGCAGGCUAUGUUUGGCUAAUAGUACUUGGUCGGGCACUAACACCACUUGCAUAAUAAAUGACUGCGGAACACUUCCAGCUCCCAGUAAUGGUACAGUUGAUUCAACUACUAGCACCUUUAAUACUACUGUUACAUUCUCAUGUGACGACGGAUAUAGUCUCUCUGGAAGUACAAGCAGAACGUGCCAGGCCAAUUCAACAUGGGAUGGUACAGAGACAGUCUGUACAAUUAGAGAUUGUGGGGAGUUGAAUCCUCCAAUAGGGUAUGCCUCGGCGACCGGAAGUAGCUAUUUUCCCAACUCAGUUGUCACAUUCACCUGUCAGACUGGUUACACUCUCUUCGGAAGCUCAUCUAGGACAUGCCAAAAUGACGGCACGUGGUCAGGAACUGAAACCAAUUGCACAAUUAUAGAUUGUGGUGUCCUAGCUACUCCUGGUAAUGGGUCAGUCUCCGGGAGCAGCACAACAACUUAUAACUCAGUGAUAGUGUUCAAAUGCAACACUGGAUACACGUUGUCGGGUAGUUCUGUCAGAACUUGUCAAGUUGACAGUACUUGGAGUGGAUCAGAUGCAUCGUGUACUAUCGUGGACUGUGGCUCGCUGGACACACCCGCUAACAGUACGUUGGUCAUAACAGGAACAGUCUACAAUUCAGUAGCGACUUUCACGUGUCCGACUGGAUAUAAUUUAAAAGGCAAUUCUUCAAGGACAUGCUUAUCAACAGGAAUGUGGAGUAAUCAUCAGCCAGAGUGUGAAAUCGUAGACUGUGGACAGCUAAAUCCCCCUAUAGGAUAUGCCUCUGUUACUGGCAGUAGCUACACAUACAACUCAGUUGUGACAUUCACCUGUCAGACUGACUACACUCUCUUAGGAAACUCAUCUCGGACAUGCCAAAUUGACAGCACGUGGUCAGGAACUGAAACCAAUUGCACAAUUAUAGAUUGUGGUGCUCUAGAUACUCCUGGUAAUGGGUCAGUGUCGGGGAGCGACGUGACAACUUAUAACUCGGUGAUAGCAUUUGAAUGCAACACUGGAUAUACGUUGUCUGGAAGUUCUGUCAGAACUUGUCAAGUUGACGGCACUUGGAGUGGAUCAAAUACAUCCUGUACUGUUGUUGACUGUGGCGUACCCUACACAAGUAAUGGUCUAAACGUUUCCUACACCACGACACUUGUUGGGUCAAAUGCGACCUACACUUGUCCCACAGGCACAACUCUAAUUGAUGGCAACGAUAUCACAUGUUUGUCUAGUGGCUUAUGGAGUUACACUGCAGCAAGGUGUUGUAUAUCAAAAGAUUAUAUCUAUUACAUGCCUAUGGAGGAGAUACAAUCACCAGACACUCUGGUAGGGUCUUGCAUCACUGGUAAAAUCAAUAACAACGCCAGUCUCGUUGAGGGAAGGAUCGGUAAGGGAUUAAAUUUAGAUGGAAUAAACCAAUCGGUAGACCUAGGAAAUCGAAGGACGGAAUGCUUUGGUGAUUUGGAACUGUGUCCCAAUGGUUAUACUCUUUCAUUGUGGCUAAAAAUCGGAAAAACAUCUGGAAGAAGUUUGUAUUAUCUCUCUAGUGGUGGACAGACAUAUCAAUCGUAUGGAAUGACACUACUUUUGCAGAGUAGUAGAAUUCUUGUCACUUUCACGACCAAGACCAAGAGCUGGUCGGUAUCAUAUUCGAGUCCAACUGCAGCUGAGUGGCAUCAAGUAGUAAUGACGUGGAAGGAUCCUUCGAUAAGUGACAUGUAUACCAGCGACGUGGCAAAGCUUUCACUGUGGUGGGAUGGCGUGAAUGUGGCAACGGCUAAUUCAUUCGCAUCACGUAACGUUCAAACAACUGUAUUUAACGACUUCGUGAUUGGACGUCCUAACAAUGGGUUUGCUAGAUACGGCGAAGCUGUUAUUGAUGAACUAAUAUUCUGGGAUAAGGAGCUAGACGAUGCUCGAGUAAUGGGACUUUGGGAGUCAUAUAAAGGAAAUCCUAAUUCCACACUCACUUGUUCUUGAGUAUAAAGGAGAUCACGCUCCCAUUUGAAAUAAAAACGAAA